CCCCCCCUCCCCACCCAGAAGCGGGAUUCUCUCCAGAAAGGCGCCGCCUGCCAACUUUGGACGCCCCUUCCCACUUUUUCACUUGCGCGGCUGAAGUGCUGAAAGCUAAGCGGCUCCAAAGAGCCGGGAGGGUCUGGCAGACAACUCUCUCCCCCCGCCCCCCCCGUCCUUAGGGCUCCCCCAUUGAAGAGGGGAUAGUCCUUUAGGCGCCGGAGGCAGGAACGCCCCGGAGCUCGUGGCCCCUUUUAAGCCAAGAGGGGACGGAGUUUCCGCGGGACGGCAGGCAGAACAGAUCGCGGCCUCCCUGGGGAAUGCCUGGAGCACGCAGUGGGGUGUGACUGGAAUGCUGUCGGACUCGCGUCGCACGUGUGAAUGUGCGUGCAUUUCGGGUCGGUGCCUGCUGCAGCUCACAAAAGCUUCUGGGGCUUUGAUUGUAUCGCGGGCUCUCAUGUCAAGAGGUUAAGACGUCCGGGUGCCACGAUCCGGGAGGGGUCUGUGAGUCUGCCGACCCUCCCUGGCCUCUGCCUCGGAUCUGGGAUCUUCGCGGCUCCAGUCUGAAGUCGGGAAGGUGGUGGGCUUCUGGCUGUGUGCGCCCAGGAAGGGGGGUGGGGAGCGGCAGCCCAGCGGGAGGCCCUGUGCAGCUGCUCUCCCUUUCCAGGGUUCCUCUCUAACUCCUUGUCUGAUCAGGACCUGCCCCCCACUCCUACGGCUCACCCUUCCCGUGGGGUGGAUGUGCCCCGUGCCUUUGAGCAUGGACCAGGUUAGUUCCCAUCUUGACCCAACGGGGCAAAAGCAACCUCCUCCAAAUGCCAACCGGGGAGGCAGUGGCUGGACAGGGUGGAAGAGCUCUGAGGACUUUCUGCAUUGGAUCAAUGGCUCUGCAAGUCCCCUCCCCAGAAUUCAGCACACCCCCCGCCUCAUUUAUGGUUCUGGGGAAGAGCUGCCAGCAUGGCAAAUUCAGUUUGUGGUGAUUCGGACCUCAGCAGACCCUGCCAGGUCCGCCCCCUUCCCCCCCCCCCCACUGUGCCAACCUGCAGCUUGCUGGGCUGGGGUCCUGUAACGUGAGUCAGCAGCAGCAGCCUUGUUGCUGAUGGGAGAAUAACGCUCCCAAGACUCUUCCGAGCCCCCCUUCGACUGCAGGGCGGCUGCUGGAGCAGAGAGAGGCAGGGUGGGCGGGAAUCGGGUGCUGGAGGAGGGAAGGCAGCAGCCCCGGGGCCAGAGUGAAGGGAACAGCCUGCUCGGUGCCCCUGGGAGGAUGGGGCUGCUGAGGCAGGUGGAAGCUCAAAGGGGGCCAGAGGGUUGGACAGGAAGCCCAGCUGAGGCAGUUCUGCCAGCCCAGAGCAACCCACAAACCCAGGAGCUGCUCCACCUCAGGCUUUACGGCAUCCCCUGAACCGCCCGGCCACUCCAGUUUCACCCCCUGUAUCUCUGAUGCUGGCUUCUCCAGGGCCAUGACCACGCAGCUUAUCCUGCUGUCUUCCCCGCUGCAAAAUUGUCGCCACCCAUAAGAAACAGAGGAGAUCAAAGAAAGGUCAGUGUCUCAUUAUUCUGGGAGCUUCUCUAGCCGUCCCAGUAAGAAUUAGCUCCCUCUAAGCCAAGGCUUGCUCCUUCAGUGGGUAAAGGACCCGUUGUUGGUUGUUCACGCAAGCUUGCUCGAGGGAGAGGCCCUCCAGCCAGAAAAGGGAGCCGUAAGUGCAAAAACAGAGCAACGGAAUCAGCUGCAGAGAAGCCGCAGCCAGGCUCAGAACUGGAAAAGAAAGCCAUCCACGAGGAGGAGUCCUUUAAGGGAGCAGUUUGGACCGUGGAGUGCUGCGACCUGCUGCAGGGCUGGCUGAAACGCAGGCCCAGUUCCCUGUCCUUGGGCUGGCAAAGAAGGCGGGCAGCCGGCUGGUGCCGCUUACAGUGCCCAGGGCUUGAGCUGAGUCCUCCAUCCCACAAGGCCCUUGAGCCAAGCUCCAUCUCUCCAGCCCCCCAAAAGCACAUCGCUCCGGAGCGCCCAAGAGACGGGCUCGAUCCCGGCCCAGAGGAGUGGAGCAGGAUGUGGCCUUGGCGUGGGGGAUGGCCCAGCUAAAGGAUUUUGCACGGUAUAGGUACAGCCUUCCCGUGCACAAAAUCCGCCCUGCUGCGAAACAAGAAUAGCCACACAAGUGUGGCAGACUGUUGUGGGAGGGAGGGAUACAGCCAUAUGCUCCUGCCUUAACUGAACAUGCUGGGCAAAUUGUGUCUGGCCAAGCGCUGGAGGCGGGUGAAUGGAGAGGCAGCCCUGGGGGAGGAUGGCAUCUAUGGGGACCCUCUGUGCCAGCGGGGUCUUGGGUGUCCUGCUGAAAUGGCCACCACCAGAACAUCAAGCUAUCGUUCGAGCCUUCCCAGCAUUCUCUUCCCCAUCGGUUGUGGACAUGCAACUUGUGGGAAGCGGGCAGGCACACACCGCUUGCAGGGGGUCCUCGCUGACAGAGCGCAUCUGGGGGCCUCCACGGGGCUUCCCAGAAGCAGCCUGAGCGAGCAGCCGAGGCGAAGACGGGUUCUCAGGCCCCAGGAGGAAAGGCCCUUGUCGGAUGAAAAGGCACAGGAGAGCCCCUUCCAAGCGGGAGAUGCUUCCAAGUUCAACCCCUUUUUCAAGCCUGUAGUGCUGACCUCAGCCUACUGAGAAGUGGAAGUGCCCUGCUAUAUUCGUGCCUCGCCUGCUUUGCGAUUUUCCCACACUAGGCUUGUUAAAAAAAACUGGCCAUGAAUAAUUCACGGCUUUGCGCUCUGGAUGCUGUUUUCCUCCCUUCUGCCUGGCUCCCCCUUCCUCCCUCCCUCCCUCCCCUCCCUGGUACAUAAAGCUGGGAUGUUACCCAGCAAUCUGGAGCAGGGUUCUGCCCUCACCCACCCCCGGCUGGGCCUGGGAGCCAAAUGAGGUGGUGUGGCACAAGCACUGAAGGAAAUCUGUGCCAUUAGGAAAGGCAAGCCCAGGUGCAGAGGGGCUUCUGGCGUGGCUUGGGGCUCUUGGUAACCAUUCCUCCACUCAGCUUCCAGAUUUAAAUCCUUCUCCUGAAACUGUUCCUGCAGGUGUUCAGCCGGCUGCCUGCGAUCUGGGCCCCUUCAGGUGCCAGCACUCAAUGGUCGUUCUCAGCCGUGGUGGUGCUGGGGGGGGAACUGGCGUCUGCCUGCCUGGAGGGCACCAGUCGCCUAAGCCUCUUGGUCAGGGGACGUGGCUUAUUUUCGGCUCUCGAGGCUUGCGCCAGACGCCAGUCCUCUCGGCUAGCCCCGUUCCGGUAGGGGGCUGCUCUCAAGUGGAUUUGCCUCCCAAGGUGCCCCAGACCUUUGGGGGAGCAAUAAAUCAGCCAGUUCUUUGGGAUGGUCUCAAGCUUCUGCAGACAAGCAACUUGGGCAUCUGAGCAGGCAGUAAAUCUCCCGGCAAGGACAGCGACCUUUAGGUCCUGCAUUUGGGAAGGGCUGUGGGUCAGAGCUCUCACUUGCCUCACACGCAUGUGCAGCGAUCCCAUCUACUUGCAUUCAGGCACACGUAUGUUCUCAUCCCCUCCCUCCCUUCCCUUUUCUGCCUGCUGAGGAAGAGGAGUUUAAGCUUCCGCUUCCUGCUGUGAGAUCCUGCUGUGCCUCCACUUCCCUGCUAACCGAUGGAAAAGGCUGUGGGCAGAACAGCUUGGCUCACCCUCCUGGCAGACAAAAUGAUCUGGUGAUCCAGACGCGAUUAUGCCAGAGAAGAGGGUGCAUAAGGAGACCCGUGCUUGCAAGGCCCCUUCCUGAACGCAGCUGGGGCAGAACCUCUGCACGACGGUGAGCCCAGGGCCCUUAAGCGUCUUCCCUGUCCGGGCGCGUGGAUAUGUUCCUUCCCCAGGCUGAAAGGGACCUUGCGCAGAGACUCUCCUGCUGCCCCCCAUCACGCGCUGAAGCAGACACUGUUGGAAACUAAAUGCUGGCAGGCAGGCAGGCAGGCAGGCAGGCAGGCAGGCAGGCAUCAUCAGCAAGGCAGCUGCUGACAGAUGCUACAGCAUUCUCAGGCACUUCCAGAUCAAUGGGGCCUUGGCAUACUUGCUCCCAGGGGCCACCCCACUGUCAAAGGGAGGAAGAGGGUAUCUGAGGCACACCUGGCACAUGGCCAGGGCUGCGGCCCCAGUUGCCUCUCCCUCCUCGGAUAGAUCAGCCUUUGUGGUGCCUGCCACCUGCUCCGAAACAAGCCGGCCUUUUGUCUCUGCAGGCGCGGAGGCUGGUGCUGGAGCCGCGUCUUAGGCUCCUGGUACCCAACAGCUGUUGCUCAUCCAGUUCUGCACCUUGCCUGUCUGCGAGGGCUCUCUCUUAGUUACCGGGUGUCGAGCGGCCUGCGCACACAGCCAGCGGUUGGAAAGUGGUCCCUUCAAAGGGGGGCAGAGGUUAAGCAAGCAGGAAUCACCAAAGAGAAGCCAGCCAUCGGGCAGAGCAGCCCUGGCGGUGCCCCCAAGGCACCCUUUGCCAACAGGGACGUCCCUGAUGCUACUGGGGAGGGGGAGGGGCCUUGCCCUCCCCCCACUCUUAGCAUUUUUGCAGGGGCUCUGCUCGAUCCCCUGACCAUGGCACUGGGAGCUUCCUUCCGUAAGCCCUGCUGGCGUCCCCUUUGGCAGGCAAGAGGCCAUCUUUGGGUUUGAGUGGUUGUGCCGCUGGGGCAGCCUCAGGCCCACCUUCAAGUACCCAGCAGGAGGGGCUGUGCAGGAGACUCCGACCUCCCCUUUUUAAAAUGUCAUUUGUCACCAAAUGUGCGUGGCUGCCCAUCUACCCAAAGGGCUCUGGUUUUACCCUUCCCGGGUAAACCGGGAGGCAGCUGUAAGGCUGAGCAGGCCGGGCCCCUCAGCUGUCACCCCACAACAACCCCUUCCUCAAUGCCCAUUUUGUCAUUUCAGAGUUGACCCAAGAAGCCCUGAAACUGGAGGGGCUGGCCCCCAUUACCCUCUCCAUGCACGGACUGGUAGAAGAGCCCCGCAGCUCUCCGGCUGAGGAGGAAGGAGGGGUCCCAGUCCCCACUUCAGGGCUGCUGCAGGUUGCAGAGCGCCGGCAACCCCUGAGCAGCGUCUCCUCUCUCGAGGUGCACUUCGACCUGCUGGACCUCACGGAGCUGACGGACAUGUCUGACCAAGAGCUGGCUGAGGUAUUUGCUGACUCCGAUGAGGAAAACGUAGCCCGUGAGCCACCUACGGGCCUGCAUCCCCACCCGACCCCCCGAGCCGGCUACCUCCGCUCCCCCUCCUGGACAAGGACGAAAGCCGAACCAGGGCACGAGAAGAAGCACCUCAGCGAUUCCGAGCUCCAAGCGGACGCUUUCCUGGCUGCAGAAAAGCCAAAGGACGAGUGACUGGGGGCUGGAGCCCCACCAAGGGGCCAACAUUCACUCUUGCCCGGUCCGUCGUUUGGAACCUUGAGGGAUUUCUCCUACGCAGCCGGGAUGUUUGCAAACCGCACCUUGUGCCAAGUGCCACUCCCUUGCUCCUUGCCCACCACUUAAUUUGCCAGUCUCCUUUUACAACCCCCGGCAGACACCCUGCCAGGCCUUCCCAUUUCCUGCAGGCAAUUUGAACCCUCCGCUGCUCCCUUUGGUUGGAGGAGGUAGACUGGGACGGGGGCACUCCCCCAACCUCGCUGGGGAGCUGGUGGAAAAGCUGCUUGUGCCCUGAAGGAGAGGUGGCCUCCUCUUCAGCCAUGUGCCUUGAGUGCUGCUGGGGCGAGCCAGGGAGCUCCUCUGCCAAGACGAGGUACCCAUUAUACCAAAGGAACCAAGGGGCAAACAGCACCAUUUCUGGGGCACUUCCAGGGACUGAAGCAAAGUGUGAAUUCCUGGGCACCCUUAGGUACUGUGGCUCUGCUGGGCGAGAACGUCCCAGCCUCACUUGUAAGCACAUGCUGUUCCCUAUGGCCUUAAGUCUUGCCCACUGGUCCCAAAGUGCCCAGCACCAACGCAGCUGGCACCAACUCCAGCCAGGCUCUGGGAUAUCCCACUGGAGCGAAUCCUCACCCGUGUCAUGGCAGUGCGCCUUCCUCGGCAGAAAAACUGGUCUUGAGAAGAGGCCGGUCCGUGGCGUGGUUGGCAAGGCGUGGGGGCCCAGACUGCUGCUGCAGCUGCUCACCAACCUCCCUGGAGCUGGACAGGACCAAGCCAAGGAAGGCAACACGAUGGGCGGUAAAGCCAAAUCCAGGUGCUUCCGGAACCCCCACCUGUGAAACAGACCUUUUGGAGGAAAGGCGAGCAUGGCUCAGGCUGCUGGUGGAGAGCAGAGGCCUUUCCUGUGGAUAAAAGCUCAAGUAUCACCCCUGUUGGGGGGGGGCCCGGGAGCCGUCCAAGCGAGAGUUCCCCCCCGAGUUUGCCUUUCCCCUUCCGGUCCUCGGACAUCCAAGACAUCACCUACUUCAGAGUUCAUCAGGUCCGAGUUCUUGCCCCCCCCACCAUGUCCUCACCACACAGCUUCAUCUUCUCUGUAAGCGGGGUGGGUGGGCUGGGGGGACGCCGGAAGGGCAGGCUGUGUGCACAGCGUCCCUCCCCACCCCCUGGAGGCACCCGGAGCCCAUUUUGCCUGCCUGACUCAGGACGGAACAGCCGUUUGCCUUCCCCAAUUCGCGUCCUUUAAAAUAUUUUGCCUAGUUCGGCCGGGAAAAGACUAUACAAUCUGAUCUUGGUUAAACCCAGCCUAUCAGGGAGCUCAGUUUUAUGAGGGGGUAGCUGUUCUCGGGGACCUUCAGCGGGGGGGCUGGUGCAUAGUGCUGGCUCUGCCCCCACCCCCGCUGUGCUCCUGCAGCCCCUGCCCAGCCUUCCCCGGACCAGGAGAGGUCACCCUGGCCUUGCUCAUUCAGCCAGCCCUUGGCCCGCAGCCCCUCGUCUUCAGCGGCGGCCGGCCUAAGAGAAUGAGCCCCGAGCAGAGCAGCAAAGCCAGGCUGGUCUCCUUCCUCUGGCUUUCCAAGAUGCUGGGCCCUGGACUCCCCCUUGGAGGCUUCCGCUGCAGCUGGGCCGGGCAGCCUUGGAGCACCCUGCGAGAAGGAAGGCUUGGCCGCCCAGCCGCCCAAGGGAAAAGCACCUCUUCACUACAGCGCAACCGGGGGCGGGAGAACGGAGGGCCUCGGAGGACGCCGCAGGAGCUCUGACCGAAGGGGGCUCAGCCGCAGCCACCUCCCCAAAUCCAGCCAUUUGGCUCACGGCCCUCAAGAAUCGCGUCUUCCCAGGGCCCAAAGCCUUGUGAAGUCCGAGUUGCUCCAAGGCGAGUGCCAGGGUAAGGGGGUGGGGGCUGGGGGUGGGCUGCCUCCUCCGGCGGCCAGCUGGCGUUCGGCACCCGAAGCUGCCAGAGGCUAGAAAGGUCAUCGCGGUGCCGCUGAGCGGCCUGCGACGCUUCCCUCUGCUUUUCCUUGUGGCGGCUGCUCCGCAGGGCCAGGAAGCGGGCUCUGCAGAUGGCACCUUCGGUUUCCAGGGUCCAGUCGCUUGGCUUGGAGGCUCCCCUCUGGCUUGCUCGAAGAGCAGUUCCCGAGGCCGCCCAGGCUCAGGCCAACUCGGAGACAAGAUGCCAGGAAGCCAGGUUGGCUCUGGGCUCUGAAUUCACUUGGUCCUGCUUUUCUGCACGCCACAAAGAUAAAAACUCCCUGGGCCGAUAGCAAGAACAGCCUACUGCUCUCUCGUCUCCCUUCGGGCCACGCAGAGGGACCAAAGCAGGCUUUUUCAACGCAAACACUGUGAGGGGGGCCCACCCCCAGGCAACACGGGCCAGGGACUCUGUAUUGAAGACAAACCAUCUGGUUAGGCAUCCAGGCAGGAUUCAGCUUGGCACGAAAGGGCCAAGCUGGUCUUUCAGCAGAUAUCACGAGGAAGGGAUCAGGAAAUAACAAGCCCCCCAUUCCCUGCUUGCUUCCUCACGAUCAGUUCUCAUCCUCUGGGCUGGGCUAAGCGGCCGGAGAGACAGGGCGGAGCUGGAUUGCUGGGCAGAGGCCUGGUCAGCAGCCCUCGAAACCCACAGCCCAGGCCCAGCGCAUCCCGCGUGAGUCCAGGGGUGGAGCAGCACAACAGCUCUCACUGUCCUUACGGGCUCUGGCUGAAUCCUGGCAACCUCCUGUGUCAGGGAGGCACCCCAGUCUACAUUCCAGGCUGCGUGUUGGGGGUCACAGCGCAGAUGCACCGAGUGCCAAUUGGUAGCUUUUCCUCAGCUAGACAGUGUCAGCCGCUCAUGCAGCAAUGAAGCGACCCCUUUACAAGAUGGCAAGGUUGCCUGCUCCCGAUUACGUGCAGCCGAACCAUUAAAGAAAGACAAUGACUGUCUGCUUCGUUAUUAGGGCACCAAGGAAGCCAGCCCACACACAUAAGGAGUGUGUUUGCAUCCUGAACACCGAGGAGCAUGUUUGCAUUCUGAACACCAAGGAGCACCUUCCUGGGUCCCACAAUCAAGGAAACACCGGCUGAGCUCAGAGAAGGAAGCCAAGAUCUGGUUAAGAGUGCACAACUCCCGCUUUCUGCAAAGCAAGAUCCAUCUGGGAUCUCAACAAAACUCCGCCCAACCAGGUCUGACAUUCAUUCCUCCUCCUUACUUGGAACACUCCAUCUUUGUGUGUGUCCCUUCCACGCUCUGCAUUCCUCCUAUUUUACCCCCCACCCCCUUGGAUUAAAUUCUGUCCACGCUUAUACAGCGCCCCUCUGCUACCUCCGACGUUCUGGUGAUUAAAGUUGUUUCAAAUGGUGUCUGUAAGGGUUUCCUCCUCCGGAUUCUUUUCAGAAGGAUUUCUUUUGGCGCAUAAUUGAAUACGCCCUUUUCAAAUGAGGCUACAGUUGGGCAGGGCUGAACAGAAGAGUGUCUGCAAACACUGAGAAAGAAAGCCACAGCAGGGAAGCAUCUGGUGCAACUUAUCAAGGUGACCUUUGCUAACUUCGAAGGUAGAUAGAACCAUGCAAGUCAGGAAAAUGACCUGACUUGGUUUAAGCCGGCGUCUUCUGCUGUGUGCUAGCACCCAGGCAUCGCAGGCAGAAAGCUUGUUUGUGUGUGUGUGUGGGGGGGGGACCUCUGCAUUUCUCCAGGCACAGCAUUUGGGGAAACAAGGCUGGGAAAAAGGCAUCUAGGCUUAAGGGUCGUCAGUCCGGAUGGCAGACCCUCCCUUCUGUGGCUUGGAGAUAAUUAGACAGGAAGUGACAAGGUGGCGGCGGCACAGGAAACGGCAGGGGACCAGCUGUCCCCCACCUGGGCAUGAAACAGACUGCCAGCAGUCAGACAGGCUGGGAGGACCCUGCCUUUGCAGGAUACCUGAUCAGUGGAGCCUCCAUGGAAAUUGCUAGCCAUAGAUCCAGGCAAUCUCCUGGCUGGCCUCGUCAAGCCAAGGGCAGAAUUCAGCCUGACAUCCUGACCACUCCCUGCAGGAGCUUGGCUAGACCAAAAUAUAUGCCAGCCGGAACGGAUGCAGCCCCUGAGACUAGGCUCCUCCUGCGGAGAAGGCUCCCUGCGGGACUGCAGACGCCGCCUUAUGACUCGGAAUCACCGGGGGCCUGUGCCGACAACCAGCAGCUGAAGAGCCCCUUUAACAAAAAAACCCACGCUCUAUUCAGCUGCCACUGAGCGGGGCCGGUUCCUCACAACUGCUCUUGGUUCCACCUCCUCCUUUUGCUGCAGAGAGACAGCCACAUGGGCGGCUCAGGGGGGCAGUGCCACUGGCUGAUGGGUGGUGGAAGGCAGGUGAAAAUGGCGGGCGAACACUGAAUCCCCAAGGCAGAAGCAGCAACCACGGCCGCUCCUUUCCUUACCUCCCGAGGACACUGACUCUGCAAGCUGCUCACGGCCACGGCCCACGGCUCACGUCUGUCGGGGGCUGGGGGUCCUGCUUGUCUCUGUGGCAAGCAAACGCCCCAGUCCGCCCCUUCCCCCCAUUCCCCAAGGGGGCUGAGGGAGCCGCUGACAUUUCCUGGAGCCCUGCACCUGGUCCCUUGGUGAGAGGGCCCGAGAGCCAUCCAGACAGCAAGGGAGCUCUCCAACCCUGGGCUCGUGUGGAGAGCAAGGCACAGAUGGCUUUUGGAGCAUCUGCAAUGCCAGAAGGUGGUCCGUGGAGAAACAAGCCGUAGCCCAGAGGGAUGGAGCAUCCUCCUUGGUUGUCCUUGUUCCUCUUGGAGGCUUUCUGCGGGCGCUCCCCUUCCUGCUCCAGGUUCCGGUUCUCCAGCCCCUCAAGAUGGGAAGUGUCUUCAGUUAAGCCACCUGUCCCUUCAGCAGGUUCCACAUAUGUGGAUUUCUCUGCAAAAGGUCUUGGCCCCAGCAGCCCCACCAAGUCUGCCUUCUCCAAGACCACCUUCUUCAGAAGAUGCUUUC